AUGGCCAUUGCGAAACUCAACGUCCUUUCCGCCACCGCUGCAGAUCUGCGGGACCUGUUACAGGCCAAACAAGUCAGUAGCGUGCAGCUGGUGAAGGCGUACCUGAGCCAGAUUGCCGAGCACGAUGCAGCGCUAAACGCAUUCAUUUGCUUGGCACCUGAGCAAAACAUCAUCGCGACAGCUGCCUUGCUAGACAAAGAGAGGCUUGAAGGCCGCGUGCGCGGAAAGCUACAUGGAAUACCUGUUGCAUUGAAGGAUUGCUUUGUCAGCGCUGCAGAUCUGGGAAUGUCUACCACGGCUGGAUCAUGGGCGCUCGUUGGUGCCAAAAGCAACAAGAAUUCCGCUAUGGUGCAGAAAAUGGUCGAUGCUGGCCUUAUCAUACUCGGGAAAACAAACAUGACGGAAUUUGCGGGCAUGAAAAUGACCAUGAUGAUGCCAGGGUGGUCGGCCUACGGCGGCCAGACUAUCUCUCCUUAUGCCGGAAAAAUCGAGGAUGGAGACACGAUACUGGGCCACUCUGCACCUGGGGGGUCGUCAACUGGGUCUGCUGUAGCAGUUGCCGCAGGGUUCUCACCACUUGCAAUAGGAGCAGAGACCAUUGGCUCCAUAAUCACGCCUGCGUCGCGGGCUGCCCUAUAUGCUCUCAAGCCAACAGUCGGGGUGCAAGAUGUGGCCGGGUCGUACUCAUUAACAGAGUUCUUUGACAGCCCCGGGCCGAUGGCAAAAUGCGUUGCAGACGUUCAAGCGCUGCUAGAAGUUAUGCUGCGCAGAGACCUUCUUCCCAAUGGGUUUGGGGAGUGGAAAGAUGUCUCUGUAGGCUUUGCUGACCCACAAGUGUGGAAGAUGGCUGGGGCAAUGUGUCGGCAGCAUGAAGGAACGGCGGAAGAAAUGGAAUCACAGUAUAUCUCAUGCGUGGAUAACCUGAAAUCUACCGCCUGCCAGCUCCAGUACCCGAUAUCCAUCCCAGACAUCUCCGUCCUCACGGUUGAUGAAGAGGACGCCAUCAUGCCUAUCGCCUUCUGGGAGUUCAAGAACAUUUGCAUUCCCAGAUUCCUUGACGCUUUUGACGAGUGUCCAGUUCGCAACUUGGAAGACAUCGUCCUAUUCAACAAGCAAAACAAGGACAAAGCGAUGCCUGAGCCCUAUACGGAACAGGGCGACAUCAUCAAGGCGUUCGAGAACGUAGACACAGAAGAGAAUAUUGCACGACUCAAAGAUGGUCUGCGCAAGAAAGCAAAAUCUGUCCUAGAACCCGUCUUUCAUGACAAUGGGAUCAACAUUAUCGCUGCCCCUUCUGAUUCUCCGCUGUGCAUUCACGCAGCGGCUGCCGGUUACCCGAUCGCAACGGUGCCCUUGGGACAGCUGACAUACAACCAGCGCCCUUUCGGGCUGUGCCUCAUGGCUCGGGAUGGAUACGAGGAGGCUCUGCUCCAGCUCAUGCAUCUCUACGAGUCGGCGACCCCCCCUCGCCCGAUUCCGCAGCGGUUGGGUCGCGCUUGA